AUGAUCGGAGGUGUACUGAUUUCACAUUUAAAAGCAACUGCACCAGAAUUAUCUUUCAGAUCCAUGCCUGAACAAUGGAAAUGUGAAAGCUUUGAUCUACCAAUAUUUCAAAGAUCCCAGGUACUGAUUUUUGCCAUUGAGGAAAUCAACAGGAGUCAGAGGCUACUUCCAAACAUAACGCUGGGUUACCGGCUGUUUGACAACUGUAUGAAUGUGCAGGUGGCACUGCGAGCAGCCUCUAUGCUGAUCGCUGGCUCAGAUGAGAUAAUCACCACUGAAGACUGUCGAGGACUGCCUCCGGUUGUAGCCAUUAUUGGAGAUCCUUUAUCAAUUCAUUCUGUGGCAAUAUCAAGGACACUUAGUGUUUAUAGAUUCCCUUUGAUCAGUUAUUGCGCCUCAUGUGUCUGCCUCAGUGAUAAACGGGAGUUUCCCUCUUUUUUGAGGACGGUCCCAAGUGAUGCUUUCCAAGUCAAAGCGAUAGUUGCAAUAAUUAAACAUUUUAAGUGGACCUGGAUAGGCUUAGUGGUGACUGACGAUGAUUAUGGACUUUAUGCUCUCAUAAGCAUUAAUGAACAAGUCAAGAAAUUUGGCUGUGUUGCUUUCUCAGAAUCAUUACAAGCGAAUGACAAAGCAAAAAUGAUUUCCAUUAUCAAUAUUAUUAAAAAAACAACAGCGAAGGUUAUUGUGUUGUUUUUAACAAAAUUGGUUGUAACCGUAUUAAUAAAAGAAAUUGUACAGCAAAACAUCACUGGCAAGCAGUGGAUAGCAACCGAUUCUUGGAGUGCUUUUCCCAUACUAGGUAGCAAUGAAAACUUCAAUUCAUUUGGAGGCACAAUUGGCAUUCUCCCCAAAAGAGGGGAAAUCCCAGGACUGGAAGAUUUCCUUCUUCAAGCUCAUCCCACUCCAGAUCCUAAUAAUAAUUUGCUCACUUUGUUUUGGGAAAGGAUAUUUGAAUGCACAUUUCAAAAAAACUACAGCAUGACCAGUUCAACCUCACUGGGAAGCAGCAGCAAAAUCUGUUCUGGACUGGAGGAUAUCAAGAGCACCAGGACAGAAUACAGUGACGUUUCCGAGUUAAGAGCUUCAUACAAUGUUUAUAAAGCUGUCUAUGCAUUAGCUCAUGCUCUGCAUGAUUUGGCAUCUUGUGAAAAUGGGAAAGGGCCUUUCGAAAAUAGAACCUGUGCAAACAUCAAACAUUUCCAGUCCUGGCAGUGGACAUGA